AUGCGUGUCGCUGGCGGCAUCGCCGUGGCGCUGAGCCUAGUCGGCGCGGCUUCCGCAAAUGCCCACCCGCGCGCCAUCGAAUCCCGUGAAUUCUUCGCCCUCCAUAUCGACGAUUCUACCUCCCCGUCCUAUAUUGAACGUGCCCUCGGUGCCCGACAUGAAGGCCAGAUCGGAGAACUGGAGGGCCACCACACCUUCUCACUGCCCCGGGAGCAGAGUGACGACUUCAAUGCCUUAUUGGAUGACCUCCGAGCUAAGCGCAAGCUGCGGCGACGGUCAGGCAACCCUAUUGAAGCUCGAAGUGCAGACCCCCUCGAUGGGAUUCUGUGGUCAGAGAAGCUCGCGCGUCCCAGACAACGGUUACACAAGCGCAUUCCGCCCCCAAUCCCUGACGUCGCAUCCCGAUUCAUAACCGAGAAUGAAAUGAAGACUCUCGAAACCCAGAGCCACAUUAUGUCGACCCUGGGCAUCACCGACCCGAUCUUCAAAGACCAGUGGCACCUUUUCAAUGCCCUCCAGCCAGGUCAUGAUCUCAAUGUCACGGGCGUCUGGCUGGACGGUGUCACGGGCAAAGGCGUCAUUACAGCGGUGGUUGACGAUGGUUUGGACAUGUACAGCGAAGAUUUGAAACCCAACUACUUUGCCGAGGGCUCGUGGGACUACAAUAACAAUUCCCCCGAACCCAAGCCCGUACUCGACGACGAUAGACACGGUACUCGCUGCUCGGGAGAAAUCGCCGCCUCCAAGAACGAUGUGUGCGGCGUGGGCGUUGCGUAUGACAGCAAGAUCUCCGGCAUUCGAAUUCUGUCUGCGGCUAUCUCUGAUGAGGAUGAAGCCGCCUCUAUCAACUAUAAAUUUCAAGAGAACGACAUCUACUCUUGCUCAUGGGGACCUAUGGAUGAUGGCCAGACCAUGGAUGCACCUGGCAUGCUGAUUAAGCGUGCAAUGGUGAACGGCGUGCAGAAGGGUCGUGGUGGAAAGGGCUCGGUCUUUGUGUUUGCAGCCGGUAACGGUGCGACAUACGAUGAUAACUGCAAUUUCGACGGCUACACAAACAGCAUCUACAGCGUGACAGUCGGCGCGAUUGAUCGAUACGGAGAUCACCCACCAUACUCAGAGUCAUGUUCUGCUCAGCUGGUGGUCGCAUAUAGUAGUGGAGGCCGCAGCGCAAUCCACACCACAGAUGUCGGUACAAACGAAUGCUUCGCAGGACACGGUGGUACCUCUGCGGCCGGACCCCUUGCUGCCGGUUCAAUCGCUCUGGCUCUCAGUGUGCGGCCCGAUCUCACAUGGCGCGAUGUGCAAUACCUGAUGGUGGAGACCGCUGUUACCGUUCAUGAGGAUGACGGAAGCUGGCAGACACUUCCAUCGGGCCGCAAAUUCAGCCAUGAUUGGGGCUUUGGAAAGGUCGAUACCUAUGCGUUGGUCCAAAAGGCUCGAGACUGGGAGCUCGUGAAGCCGCAAGCAUGGUACCACUCGCCUUGGCUGCGCGUUCACAAUAACAUUCCCCAAGGAUCCCAGGGUCUGCUCAGUCGCUACAUUGUUACUGGGGAUCAGAUGAAGGGUGCCAAUUUUGCGCGCCUGGAGCAUGUUACGGUGACGAUGAAUGUCAACCAUACUCGUCGCGGUGACCUCAGCGUAGAAUUGCGCAGUCCUGGCGGAGUGAUCAGUCAUUUGAGUGUUCCUCGCCGAAAUGACGAAGAAAAUGUUGGCUACGAAGACUGGACAUUCAUGACUGUUGCACACUGGGGCGAGUCGCCUGUGGGUGAAUGGUCAGUCAUUGUCAAAGACACCGUUGUCAAUGAGCAUUCUGGCCAGUUUGUGGAUUGGAGACUCAACCUUUGGGGCGAGGCCAUUGAUGGGACCGAUCAGCCGCUCCACCCAUUGCCUAACGAUCACGACGAUGACCAUCCUUACGAGGAAGCUCAUGUGGCAACAACCACAGUGCAGCCCGUACCGACCAAGACCAGCACUCCCACUCAUCCAGACGAUCAACACGACCGACCUGUCAACCAAAAGCCUCCCCAAGCGAGCGAGACGUUCCCAGCGGAGGAGUUGGACACGAGCAAACCUGCAGAUGCCACCUCUCCCACUGCCUCUCCCACCUCUACGUCUUCCGCUAUCUCCAACUAUCUACCCUCAUUUGGUGCCUCGAAGCGAACCCAAAUUUGGAUCUACGCAUCUUUGGCGAUGAUCAUUGUAUUCUUCAUCGGUCUCGGCGUCUACUUCCAGCUUCAGCGACAGAAACGUCGCCGCACCAACGCCCAGGAUGACUAUGAGUUCGAGAUGAUUGAAGACGAGGAUGAAACGCAUCCCAUGACUGGAGGGGCCGGUCGGACUCAGCGCCGUGGCGGUGAGCUAUAUAACGCAUUCGCAGGAGAGAGCGAUGAAGAAGUCUUUAGUGAAGACGAUGAUGAGCCUUACCGGGAUCGGUUAGCCAACAUCUCCGAAAAGGAUGACGAAGGCGAGGACGACUCCCCCGGCAGCCAUCUCUUGUCCGAAAAGUGA